AUGGGCCUCUACAAGCGAAAGAUCACAGUUGCCGAUUAUGUCGUACCAUCCGCAGUACACUUGACCAACAAACAGUCACUAGUUCCUAAUUUCCUAGGUGAGUGGGCUCCAAAUAAUUCCCGCAUUUUUACGCACACAUGUACUAACCUUUAUCGCGUACAGUAACUAUCCUCUUCUUCCUUUGGUAAGCAAUGGUUAUGGGAACAAAAAUCUUUUGAUCUCAUGAGUGUAGGGACAUGCUAACUAAGAUGAUAGGGGUUUCGCGUACGGUCUUCUCGAUGUCCUCAACCCACAUUUCCAAAAGUCAUUAAAGCUUAGUCCGUCCCAGUCGGCUGGUCUUUCAUCAGCAUACUUUGGCGCGUACGCUCUAUGCCCGCCAACCAUCUCCGGGUGGAUCCUUCGCAAGUUUGGAUUCCGAGUUACCUUCAUGAUCGGACUUGGUGUUCUCGCCGUCGGAAGUCUUCUCAUGUGGCCCAGCGGAGUAAAACAUUCAUUUGGAGGCUUUUGCGGUUCAAUGUUUGUUGUUGGCGCUGGACUUGCAACUCUCGAGACUGCUGCUGAUCCCUUCUUGUCCAUCUGUGGCCCACCAAGAUAUUCCGAGAUUCGACUGAACUUGGCACAAGCUAUUCAAGGAGUUGGAUCUUUUGUCGCACCUCUGUUGGCUUCCAGAGUCUUCUUCGCCAAGACCGUCGAUACCGAUCAGGGACUUAAGAACGUACAAUGGGUCUAUCUGGGAGUCGCUUGCUUUGUUGGCCUUCUUAUCAUCUUGUUCUUCCUUGCACCAAUGCCUGAGAUUACGGAUGCCGAUAUGGGAACUCAGGAGAUGGAGAUUGCCGAAUACGACCCAGGACCUUUCAAGAAGCAGGUCAAUCUCUUCCUUGCUGUCUGGAGUCAGUUCUGCUACGUUGGUGCUCAAGUUGCUGUUGCAAAUUACUUUGUCAACUUCGUCCAAGAAACAGGAAAGGAGGCCGACAAGUCUUGUAAGUCAUUUCCAAGCCGUGCCCAAAUAUGAAUACAUGCUAACUUCAAAUCAGCCGAUAUCUUUGCCGCCGCCCAAGGUCUCUACGCAUUCAACCGAUUCGUCGCUGGUGGCUUGUUGACGAUCAAGGCUAUCAAACCACGUUACCUCCUCUCCGUAUACCUCGGCGCAUGCUUUGUUUUUGCUGUUGCGGCUUCGCAGUCACGCGGCGAUGCUUCAAUUGCUAUGCUUUGUUUCGUACUUUGUUUUGAAUCUGCUUGCUUUGCAACAAUCUUUACUCUCGGACUUCGUGGACUGGGUCGACAUACCAAGAUUGGUGGCUCUCUUCUCGUAGCUGCCAUCUCAGGUGGUGCUGUCUUCCCUCCAAUGACUGGUGCUGUAGCAACCCAUCUCGGAAAAGACGACCCGAACAGAUUUCACACUGCAAUGCUCAUUCCUAUGGCUGGUUUCAUUGCUGCUUGGAUUUAUCCCAUAUAUGUCAAUCUGUUCAACAAGGAAGUUGUUGAUACUCGACGUGCAACCACCAUCGGUAUCGAAUCCCCAGUUGGAAAAGAUAUACUCGAGCAUGGCCAUACUUCCGACAAGGCCGCGAUUGAGGAGAAAGAGCUUCGUUGAUAUUUGAAAUUGUUAUGGGGUUGUGGUGUAGUGGAGUCUUAAUACGGGUUUUGAUUUUCUGGUGUUGCUAGGGAAUACAUCGAUGCAACAUCAAGACUGGAUAGUGAUAUUUCUUCGGUCACUGGUAAUAAUGCAAACCGCUG